AUGCCGCAGAAGCAGCAAGCCGAAAAGCACCGCGCUCGUUUAGACCGAGGACAUCUCUCUCGCUCGCUCUCCCUUUGCCGUGUCUCCAAUUUCACUGGAACGGAGUCAAGCAGAGACGAGUCCACGUCUGGUCUGGAACGGAUCAGCAGGUCAGCUGGGAAUGCCUGUCAGGCAGCCAGUGUACUCCCUCCCUUCUCCCUCGCUUUCUUUGAGAGCUCCCAUGACAAGGACGUCAUCCUGAAUAUCCUCGGUGUUCUCACUGACCUGCUCUCUCUGGGCACCGACCGGAGGAUCCACUACUUGAUCAGCAAAGGGGGCAGCGAGGCCCUGCUGCAGGCCCUGGCCGCCGCCGCCGCCCGCGCCGACCCGCCCGACGAUGCCACGCUGCGCCCGCUGCUUCGCCUGCUGGCCACGGUGGGCCGCAGAGAUAGGAAGUUUGGGCUAAAAGUACAGAGAUUGGAAGCAACGGAUGUAAUACUGAGCUUGGCGAGAAAAAACCUUGGCCACCACCUGAACCUCACUCACUGCCUCUGGGUGCUGCGGGUUUGUGCUUCCAGUGUAACUGCAGGAACUGCACUUGGCAUCAAUGGAGCCAUGGAGCUGCUUUUUGAAGUCAUCACUCCCUACAGCAAGAGGCAUGUCAGGACAGUCAGGGCAGCCAUUGAGGCUCUGGCAGCUUUGCUGAAAUCAAAGUCUAACAGCCGACGGGCCGUGAACAGAGGCUACCUGUGUGGAUUGCUGAGACUUUAUCAAGACUGGCAUCACAAUGAUGUCUCCAACAACUACGUUCAUAUUCGUAGGGGUCUUCUAAUCUGCCUGAAACACAUCACAAACAUCCAGCUGGGCAGGGAGACAUUUCUUGAUUCCUGUGGUAUGGAGAUUCUUUUCACAAGUGUGCAGGACUGUUUAUCUUGCAAGAGUUUGGAUCCUAUCAUAACAACUAUGACUCAGAUCCUGAGAAAGUGCUACCCCAAGGAGCCUCUGCCUGUGUUAACAGUGAGAAGUUCCUAUUCUUUCUCUCUUCCUGGGAAUGUUAGGACUGAACCUCCAUGUAUGGUACCUGAAGAUGAUUAUAAAAGUGAUGGAGAGGAAGAGGUGGAAAAAGAUCUGGAUAAUGAUGAUGACGAGACUAAAGAGGAAGAUGAUGACUUGGAGACAGAUGUGAACAAACUGAGGUCAAGGCCAGUGCUUGACCGGCCAGAGGAGGAGCUUAAACAAUAUGAAGCAGUGUGUCCCGAACUUUCCCAUAAUUUUCAGGAGCUUGAAUCUGAGUCUGAAGAAGAGAAGAGCUUGGAGGACAACACUGAGAAUCUUUCAUCUACUUCCUCUUAUUUGAUUCAAAGUGCUACUUCUGUGAAACAUCGAAACAGAGAGAGAACCCAAAGUGUCACAGUGAUGGGUCCAGAUCUAGGAGACGAGGUCUUAAAAGUCCCACUGCAGAGCUGGACAAAGAAGGAGAAAUAUGGAUGGGCUCAGAUCACUGAAAAUAGAGACAUAGUAGAAACAGUUCAAGAUGCAGACUCCCUUGAAGAGGAAGAUAUGGCCAGGAGUCAUGUGUUUGCCUUGUGUCGUCUCCCAAAAGAGACUACUUGGUACAAAAAAAUGUUUAGCACUGAAUGUGGGGCCUCAGUUAAUCGUAGUCUUGGAGGGAGACUGAAGACCUCAGAUAUAGUGAGAAAUCUUCUGAAGAAACACCAAAGGAAUAUACCAUUCCACAGCCCUUGCUUCUACAUAGCUAGGGCUGAAUGUGUCAAGUCCAUACCAGACUACAAAUUCUUGGCCUUCCCUGAUUUCUGGGGUCACCAGCCACCUCCUUAUGGCAAGCCUAUGUUGGAGCGGAAGUAUGGGGUUCAAAGGGACAAAGUUCUGGAUGAUAUUCGUCGCUUAAUCCAGCCGGGUGAUAUCAUAGGCAGAACCGUUUUUGAUUUAGAUGAUCCCAGUCACUCAAGCCCGGGUGCUCCAGACUGCCUGACGUUCUUCUCCAAGUUUGAAUCAGGAAACCUUCGCAAAGCCAUCCAAGUGCGUGAGUUUGAGUAUGACUUAAUUAUGAAUGCAGAUGUGAACAGCAGCCAGCAUCACCAGUGGUUCUACUUUGAAGUUCAUGACAUGAAAUUAGCAGUUCCCUAUCGCUUCAACAUUAUCAACUGUGAGAAGUUCAAUAGCCAGUUUAAUUAUGGCAUGCAGCUGGUCAUGUAUUCAGUGAUGGAAGCUCUCCAGGGCAGGCCUCACUGGCUUCGAGUGGGCUAUGAUAUCAGCUACUACAAAAACCACUACAGCAGCUGUGUAGCUGCAGCAGGAGGCAUGAGGAGAAAGUCCUACUACACACUUGCCUUCAGUAUCAUGUUCCCUCAUAAAGACGAUGUCUGCUACCUAGCCUACCAUUACCCCUACACCUACUCCACAAUGAUGUCCCAUCUUGACAUCCUGGAACAAAAUAGGAACCCUAAGAAGGUUUACUGGAGGCAGCAGACGCUCUGCCAGACGCUAGGAGGAAAUCCAUGCCCGUUGCUCACAAUCACUGCCAUGCCAGAAUCUAAAAGAAGAGAUGACUUGGAGCAAUUCUACAACCGUCCUUAUGUGUUUCUAAUGGCCCGUGUUCACCCUGGUGAAAGUAAUGCCAGCUGGGUAAUGAAGGGGACCCUGGAGUUCCUUGUAAGCAGUGAUCCCAUGGCUGAUCUCCUGAGGAAAUGUUUCAUUUUCAAAAUUGUCCCCAUGCUCAAUCCGGAUGGAGUCAUCAAUGGCAACCACCGUUGUUCCUUGAGUGGGGAUGACCUGAAUAGACAGUGGUUGACUCCCAGUUCCCAGCUCCAUCCUACCAUUUACCACACCAAAGGUCUUCUGUACUACUUGCGCAGCAUUGGCCGGACUCCUCUGGUAUUCUGUGACUACCAUGGCCACUCUCAGAGGAAGAAUGUGUUUCUGUAUGGCUGCAGCAUCAAGGAGACGUUGUGGCAGGCAGGCUGUGCGGUUGACACAGCAGUGAUCACAGAAAAUGUUGGCUAUAGGACCCUUCCUAAAAUCCUGGAUAAAGUGGCCCCAGCAUUUGUCAUGAACAACUGCAGCUUUGUGAUAGAGAAGUCCCGUGAGUCAACGGCCCGAGUGGUGGCAUGGCAGGAAAUGGGCAUAUUGAGGAGCUACACUAUGGAGAGCACGUACUGUGGCUGCAGCCACGGUCUCUACAAAGGUCUGCAGCUGGGAACUCAGGAACUGGAGGAAAUGGGAAGCAAGUUUUGCCUUGGUCUGCUCAUCCUGCAUCUCAAAUCCUUGCCCUGCAGCAAGAAAGUGAUGGCACAGGCAGCACUCCUGCUGGAUCUGGAGGAGGAGAUAACAGACCUCCGAGCACGCAGAAGCAGCAGCAACAGCAGCCUGGAGACUGAUGAUGAACCUCCUUGUGUGGAAGAAAUAGAUUAUAAUACUGACAGCUGCUCUGAUGGUGAAGGGGAUUUCUCAGAGCUAGAUAAAGAGAUCCAGGAGUACUUGUCACAGGUGGAAGGGGAGGCAGAAGAUGAGGGGGCAACCACAGGAUCAACAUGCAGCUCCAAGGUUCUCAGAGGGCUCUGCAUUUCCAGCCAGCCAGCUGCCAGCAAUACAGCUCUACCUCUGCGUUCAGCACCACUUGGAAUGUACAGUGGGUUUGAGAGCAGCCCUGCAUAAAAAGGGCUUUUAUUCACCGAGCAAUAAGCAAAUGUAUUAGUGUUCAUGCUUGUCUGUUUGCCAGCUCCAGCAUCCUCCCCAGAUGUGUUGCUCCAGUUCUGCAUGGAAAAUUGACUAUAUGUUUGUGUAAUUUAUAUACAUGUAUAGAAAGAGGAGGACUCCUCAUCCUUUAUAUAUAAGGUGGAGAGAGCAGCUGCUGACCCAGAUGAUACCAUGUGAGGACAUUGGCCAUUCCUAAACACAAUCCCCAGUUCAGUGGCUGCCUGUAGUUUAUUAGUGUAUGGCUUCAUGUAGAUUGUCCUGAGGAGUGGUCUUCUGAGUGGCCAAGAAAGAAGAGACGUUGAACUUCAUCCCAACUGGAGCUUUUACUGUGGGCUUCAGCCUUUGUCCACAAAUCCUGGAAGAGUGGUAGUUUCUGAGGCCUUUGAUCAGAGCUCUCUGCUACCAUUCAUUUCUCUUGAGCUGUAGAACACGUCUGAUUACUAUCUGAUCAGAAUUUUGACAAGUAUCUUCAACAGACUUUGGAUCAUGCUGUGCACACUUCUGAGCUGGGCAUACCUCAAAAACAAUCUGAGAAAUCCACCAUGCCCUGUUAAGGAAUGCACCAGGGACAAUGCAGAGCAGUUCCUUACCUGCAGAACAUCAGUACUAGGUUGACUACAAUCAGAAAAUACUACUGGCCACCAGAUGGAGAUCUGGUCCAGCAACUUAUCUCGUGUGUCAAGAUGUCAAUCCACUUCCUUCUAAGAGACUUUGAGUUUUCUCUGGAAAGUGGCUCCACAGAGAGCUGCUGAAGUUUUUUUCCUGGCAUUUUAGGGACCUGGCCCCACCUCAUUUUAUUCUCAGGAUCCUCUGUUGUCAUGUAAAAUACCGUAUUUACACAUACCUCUGGAAAGUUGGGCUAAAUUCACCUCUUAGCUGCACUGAAAUGAACUAGUCCAGCAUAAUCUUAGUUGAAUCUCUUCAUGCUUGAACUGAUUGGGCCCAAGUCCAAAAUCUGCAUCACAGAGCCUGUGAAGUGAUGCUUUCUCAAAGAGAUACCCUUCCAGCAGGAUGUACUUAGAGAGUACAAAUACAGCAGUUCAUCCUUGUGAACUAGAGCUAAUAUUUAAAGCUUGAAUUGGGAGUGAGAGGGGUUUGGGGCAUUUCCAGGAGAAAAUGUCUUCUCUUGAGGUAGGUAGAAGUCCUCCAGUAUUACAGCAAUGGAUUAGUGAUGGUGACAAUAUUGAAGAGUGAAUUUAGCCCAAGUAUCGCACCAGUGACAGAUAAUUCUUUGUUAGUUUUAUUAUGAUACCACUGAAGAAAACUAGACCUGGUUACAGGACCCCAUUUAUGCCAGAUAGUAAUGUAGUAGAAGAGAUUACUAGUAGGGUAUGUGUAGAACACUUUCUACCAGUGACUGCCAGAAUACCUUUUCUUUUGAUUCCCAAAUGGAAAAAAAAAUAGCUUUCUCCUAAAAUCACCUGCAAACACAGAUCCUGAUUCUAUAAAUUCAUCUGUUACAGAGAACAGGUAACAUAGCAGUGUCUUUGGAAUCCAAACUCUACCAGCAUUAGAAUUCACCACGCUUUCAUAUGCCUUCAAUUUUGCACAGAUGACCAAAGCAGUGGAAAUGUGGCUUUUUGAACUUCAACACUGAUGGAGAGCCCAAGUAUGUGCCGGAGGUCCCAGAAGCAUGAAGACCACAUAACCGGGUCUCACUUCUCGUGUUGCCUGAACUUCUUGUGUGUCCUAGACUCUGCUACUGCAAGUGGGGAAUUACCUUAAACCCAAAUGGAGUUAACAACAUUACGGAAGUCUCACAACAGUGUUACUGCUUUCUUUACAAGAUCCAAGGAGGAGGAGGGAUAUACAGUGUGUGACAGAGUUGCAGCCUAUACAGCCUUCAUUGUCAGUGAUUAUCAUCAUUACUUAAAUAUGUGGCUAAAAGUACCAUGUCAUCCUGUGAUCCGUAUGCUGUCUAUGGAGAGAAUUCCUGACACAUGGCCAAACACCUUUCUCCCAGACUAGUUUCCCAAGAGGAGCUUGCUCUUUGGAGGAACAGUUUCUUCCUGUCUGCUGAGGUUUCAGUAUCCAGGUGUUUUAAAGUCUUAGCCAGCACACAACAGCUCUCUAUGUCUCUAGUUCUCACUUUAUAAUGCUGCUCAAAAGACAGGCAGCUUGGGACCUUAUAAACUGAGCUUCUUAGACUGAGCUAAUUCAUUAGGUAUGGUGUGUGUUCUCUGUACAGAUGUCUUGUUCUGCUGGCUUUGGUGUGAAGCUUGUUGCACAUAAUACUGAAUUUUCAUAGAAGAAUGGCUCACAGAAUGGACACAAAAGAAGUAAAACAGGUGUUCCCAUUAUGAUAGUUUGUAUAACAUUGCUUGAAAGGUUAUUAAUAAAAAACGAUAUAUGUGCAUAGUUAA